UCUCCACGCAUCCUUUACGUUCAAUCAUCAAAACCCAACUACCCAACUAGUCGUUCUUCAACUCCUACACUUCCAACUAGUGAAACUCACAUGGAAAUUCCCAUGUUUUCGCUUGUUUCUUCACCCUUCAUCUUCCUUGCCUCUCUGCUAUCUCUGUUUCUCUUGUAUGCUUUAGCUUGGAUGCUAAUUGCCGGUCGUCGGAGAUUGCCAUUGCCUCCCGGAACGACGGGCUGGCCUUAUAUAGGAGAAACCUUUCAACUCUACUCUCAAAACCCAAAUGUCUUCUUUGCUUCAAAAGUGAAGAGGUAUGGCUCUAUAUUCAAGACACAUGUGCUGGGGUGCCCCUGUGUAAUGAUUUCAAACCCAGAAGCUGCCAAGUUUGUAUUGGUGACAAAAUCUCAUCUUUUCAAACCCACAUUUCCUGCAAGUAAAGAGAGAAUGUUGGGUAGACAGGCCAUCUUCUUCCACCAGGGAGCCUAUCACAUGAAGUUGAGAAAGCUUGUUAUGAGGGCAGUCAUGCCAGAGGCAAUCAAAGACAUAGUCUCUGACAUUGAGGCAAUUGUCGUCGAUACUCUCCGGUCAUGGGAUGGCAUGUUGAUCAACACGUUCCAAGAAAUGAAGACGUAUACGUUCAAUGCGGCAUUAUUGUCCAUUUUUGGAAAGGACGAUGUCCUCUACAGGGAAGAACUCAAACGGUGCUACUACAUUCUUGAGAAGGGCUACAAUUCAAUGCCCAUCAACCUUCCAGGAACCCUCUUCAACAAAUCUAUGAAGGCAAGAAAGGAGCUGGCUCAGAUCCUAGCCAAAAUCCUCUGUUCCAGGAGGCAGAGGAAGGAAGAAAGCAAGGACCUUCUUGGAUCCUUCAUGGGUGAGAAAGAGGGUCUGACCGACGAUCAGAUUGCCGACAACGUAAUAGGCGUCAUGUUCGCUGCCAGAGAUACCACAGCCAGUGUUUUGACAUGGACUGUCAAGUACCUGGGAGAAAAUCCAAGCAUCCUACAAGCUGUAACUGAAGAGCAAGAGACCAUAAUGAGGUGCAAAGAAAAGUCUGGUGAAGAUAGAAUUUUGACUUGGGCAGAUACCAGGAAGAUGCCAAUAACUUCAAGAGUUAUUCAGGAGACUCUAAGAGUAGCUUCAAUUCUUUCUUUCACGUUCAGAGAAGCUGUUGAAGAUGUUGAAUAUGAAGGAUAUCUCAUACCAAAAGGGUGGAAGGUUUUACCACUUUUUAGGAACAUUCACCACAGCCCAGACAACUUCCCAGAUCCUGAGAAGUUUGAUCCCUCCAGAUUUGAGGUUGCUCCAAAGCCCAAUACUUUCAUGCCAUUUGGCAAUGGGAUACACUCAUGCCCUGGGAAUGAGUUAGCCAAGUUGGAGAUUUUAGUUCUUCUACAUCAUCUGACCACAAAGUACAGGUGGUCUAUGGUGGGGCCACAGAAUGGAAUCCAGUAUGGCCCAUUUGCUCUUCCUCAGAAUGGAUUGCCCAUCAGAUUAUCUUUGAAAACAUGAAAGUGCAAACCAGACAGUAUGGUGAAUGGUGCUUUUAGUUCUUCCCAAAAAUAGAAGACCUUCUGAAGAAGAGAGAGAGAGAGAGAGAGAGAGGGGGCUAGGACUAGAAGGAUUUUGCAAUGAAAGGAGAGAAAUCCCUCACUAUUUUUUGCCAAGAGACAACAAAACAUUGAAAGAAGAGAAACCUUUAGGAAUGGAAGAUACAGAAGGGAAACAAGUGUAAACAAAAAGAGCCUUUCAGACCAAAAGAGAAAAAAAGCAUGAAGGGGAUGGUUAAUGCAAUUUCAAGCAAGCUCUGUUUCUACUUUCUAUUCUCCUUUUGUAAAUAAUGAGAAGAAAGUCCUUCUCUUUGUGGGGGUCAAGUAGGUAGAUGGGUUGUGGUUGGAUGUCAGGUUCUUGGGUUGGCCUUAACCCAUGUUCCAUUAAUGCCUAUAAGUAAAUAAAAAGAAAAAAGCAACAUAGAAGAGAAGCAAAAAAAGAGCAUAUCUAUCUUUAAUCU